CGUUUAGUAGGAACAAAUUUCUUUGGUUUACCGAGAAUUAAUCAUGUAUUUUCAGUUUAUGAAAUAUUAACAAUUCCAUUUAAACACCAUUCAAAAUUUAUUCAGUUAGGUGAGAUAUAGAGUUCUGAUUAAUGAUCAGAAAACUUUUUACUUAUCCGUUUAGCUAAUAUGCUAUCGUAUAUCGGAUAUAAUCCAACAGAUGAAACAAUUAUAGAAUUUUAUAAACCGAAUUUACCUGAUUGUAUAUUUGGCGCAGUUACAUCAUAUCGUGAUGUACCCGCUAUACAUUCGACUUUAUCAAAUAUCUGUCUUGACCAAAUUCUGAAGAAAAAUAAAUUAUCGUCGUGUAUGUAUCAAAAUGUACCAGAUGCACCACAUUUUAUCCUUCAACUACAUGAUUCUUAUUGGGUAGUUUCAUUAAACACUUCUGUUGAAUGUUUCAAAAUUCCAAUUAUACCAUCGGACAAUGCAUAUAAAAAUGUUGUUAUGAAAAAUGAACGAAUAUUAUUGUCAUCGGCGUCACUUCUAAAAGUACCCAACAAUACAAUGAUCAGUUGCGAUGAUUUCAAUAUUAUGGGUAAGCAGAAAGUAAUCACCUAUAGUUUAAUUAUCUAUAAUAUACCUCAUACGUUAAUAGGCAAACCAUUAAUCAAUGGUAAUAAUUCAGUUGUUGUAAUACAAAAUGGUACGUCAUCAACAAUCGAUGCUGAUAUUUUUGAUAUCGAAAAACAUCUCAAUGAUUCGUCUGUACCACGUCUGAUUUACAUUGAUGCGAACAUGGAUGUUGUUAAUCGUGUACUACCACCUAUGCAGCCACCAUAUAUUUCUACCAUAAGACAAAGUCUUUUAUCGCCAUUAUCUUGGACGUGGAAUGAAACAAACAUCGCCACAAUGAUCAGCGCCUUACGCGAUUUUGAAGAGAAAUGUUUUGGCUAUCGUUUGGUAUUAUUUGAGAUUGGAUGUCAUAGUGUAUUUUGGAACAUAUUAGAAUUGAAUCCAGAUUUAUUUGGUUUUGUAGAAGAGCAAUUGUGUCAGAAUACAAGAGAUUUAUUUGAUAACCAACCUACCUUAUCAACUAAUACACAACCAGAUUUGAACAAAGACUUUAAACCUGUCUAUGGUUUAUUAACAACUAGUAGUGAAUUUGUUUUCUAUCGUUUAACGCCACCAGCACAAGCAAUAAUUAGACCAAAAUCACCUGGUGUAGUGGAAGAGAAUGAAACAAUGUGUUAUUUCAAAAAUUUUAUAAGAAUGAAAUAA